GUCCUUGGCCAGAGACAGAGCCAGAGCCCAGAGUCCAGACAACUCAACACGGCUAACCUCAUCCACACCAUGUACCAUGAUCCGAGCCAUUCUCCCUGCCCUUAGAAGCGCUCGACGUCGUGUCUCCGAUCAUGUCCUGACCGCAUCCGUCCCCCGACGCGCCCUUGCGGUGUCCACGCCAGCAUGCGCCAAGAAGAUGCCCGAUCGCCCCGCGCCUCUGAGUGAGGACGAGUUCACCGAGGCCUUUCUCAAGGGCAGCGGUCCUGGAGGCCAGAAGAUCAACAAGACCUCCUCGGCCGUCCAGUUGAAGCACAUCCCCACCGGCCUCGUUCUCAAAGUGCAGGCCACACGAUCGCGGACCCAGAACAGGAAGCUGGCGAGGCAGCUGCUGGCAGAGCGCGUGGAGCUCCUAGAGAAGGGCAAAGAGAGUAGGGCUGCGGUGGUCGCGGAGACAAAGAGGAAGAAGAAGAGCAGCGCCGUGAAGAAGAGUAAGAGGAAAUAUCGCCUCUUGGAGGAAGCCAAGGCCAAGGAGGCUGCUGAGAAGGGUGCCCCUGGAGAGGAUGAGAAGCAAGGGCCUUGAUAGAGCAUUCGGGGAUGGCCAUGGCCAACCCGAGGCUCUGUCGGAUAACCCAAAGCACAGCGGCGUCUAGAUGACAAUGAUUUGCUCCCGUGGAUCCGCGUCUCAAUUACCUGCCGUCAAUGUCUUGACAAUUCCCAGCCAGCCGGAUACAAUCAAGCUGCUGGAGAGACCUGGAGUCUAAGGCAAUACGCGGAAAGCAGAAUACGCGGAAAGCAGAGGGGUGAUGGUGAUGGUUCAAGGCUCCGGGAGUUUAUGUCUGUAGAUGCUCC